UUUGAAAAAUUGUGCUAGUUAUACUAAGACAAAACCUAUUGAAAACUAUUUCCUACCAUUUUCCUAACAAUAUGCAUGUGGAGGAGAGUGGGUAACAAUUCAGCAAUCAUUCAUACUUCUAUCAAGAAAAGAUUCCCCUUUCUUAACCACAAAUCCAUGUUAUACUCAAUUAGCUACACUGAAUUUCCUCCUCUCCCCUCAACCAACCACGAUGCCACACUUCAGCCGCGUGGCAGUGAUCGGCGCCGGCGCGGGUGGCCUCGUCUCAGCCCGGGAACUUUCCCGGGAAGGCCACCAUGUGGUUGUAUUCGAACGGAAUACUCAAAUUGGAGGGACCUGGGUAUAUUCGCCGAAAAUUGAAUCCGACCCACUUGGAGUCGACCCGGAUCGGACCCGAAUCCAUAGCAGCCUCUUCAAAUCUCUACGAACCAAUAUACCAAGAGAACUCAUGGGGGUCCGGGAUUUCCCGUUUGUUCCUCGAGAAGGGGAGGAUCGAGAUCCGAGGCGAUUUCCAAGUCAUACGGAGGUUCUGAAGUAUUUGGAAGAUUUCGCUAAUGAGUUUGGGGUUUAUAAAUUUGUGAGAUUUGGAACUGAAGUUGUGUUUGCUGGUUUGGAGGAGAACGGGAAAUGGAGGAUUGAAUUUAGAUGUGAAAAUGGGGACGUUGAUUAUGAGAUUUUUGAUGCUGUGGUUGUUUGUGUUGGGCUUUAUUCGCAGCCUCGAGUAGCAGAGAUUCCUGGGAUUGAUAGAUGGCCUGGCGAGCAAGUGCAUAGUCACAAUUAUCGUGAUCCCGAACGAUUUCGGGGUAAGGUUGUUGUCUUGAUAGGUUAUUCUUCGAGUGGUACAGACAUUUCUCUGGAGCUCAUUGGGGUUGCCAAAGAAAUUCAUAUUGUUUGGAGAUCGCCUAAAACAGAGCUUUUGGACAGAGAAUCAGUUAUUAGUAAUGUUUCUUUUCAUCCAAUGAUCGAAAGUGUCUGUAAAGAUGGGACAGUGGUCUUUCAAGACGGGUGUGUUGUUUUGGCUGAUGUAAUUUUGCAUUGCACUGGGUACAAUUAUCAUUUCCCUUUCCUUGAAACCAAUGGCAAUGUUACAGUGGACGACAACCGUGUAGGACCUCUAUACAAGCAUGUCUUCCCCCCAGCAUUGGCCCCGGGGCUUUCCUUUGUUGGAUUACCAUUUAAGGUUAUUCCUUUUCCCUUGUUUGAGCUUCAAAGCAAUUGGGUUGCUGGUGUUUUAUCAAAAAGGAUUGCACUUCCAUCAAAAGAGGAAAUGUUGGCAGAUGUUAAAGCUUUUUAUGAAGAUCUUGAAGCCCUUGGCAAGCCCAAGCAUCGGACCCAUUUAUUGGGUGAUUAUAUGAUGCCUACCUAUUGUAAUUGGCUUGCAACAACUUGUGGUUGUCCUCCCUAUGAAGAAUGGAGAAAGAAAAUGAACAUUUCUGUUCAUCUUUAUAGAAUGCCAAAUCUCAAGACAUACCGUGAUGAUUGGCACGAUGAUGAGUUGAUUCAUCAAGCUUACGAGGAAUUUAGUAAAGUAUAAUACAAAUGUAAAAUGUCAAAACCACUCAAAUUUGAAUGUUUCAUAAGAUUUGUUCCAUAUGUGUACAUUUACAUAUUUAUGUGUUAUUGAUUCUUCCUCCUCGUUACAAAUAUUGGAUCUUGAUUUGAAAUAAUAUUUACUUUAUAGCACUA